AUGGGCCAAGUGGAUGUCUGUGAUGACAAAAAUACUCAAGAUAGAAAACAACAGACGACGAAAUACAAUAUACUGUGGAAGAUUGAAGUACGGAAGAGCACAGCAGAGAAGAAAAUGAUACAGGAGAAAAUGAUCCUCUGA